AUGGCAAAAGGGAAUGCGAUGGAGGAUGGGGACCCUCGAAUUCAGGAAGAGAACCAGGGUAUAGAGGAACGAGAAUCGCCUAUUCCACAAAACCUUGCCAAAGAACCACAAUAUGAUGCAGAGCAACAUGUUCAAGAUCCAAAAAUCACGCAACCUUUACCCAAAAUACCUCCACCAUUUCCUCAACGUUUGAAAAAGAAGAAUGGAGAUGAGAAGUUCAAAACAAAUUUGUCAGUAUUCAAGAACCUAUCAAUUAACCCUCCUCUGGUGGAAGCAUUUUUGGAAAUGCCGGGAUACGCCAAAUUCAUGAAUGAGCUGGUUACAAAGAAAAAGAGCUUGGAGUAUGAGACGAUUGAGGUGCCUCAUAGUUCUAGCACAAUUAUGACAAAUGAGUCAAUCACUAAGAGAGAAGAUCCUGGGGCAAUCAUAAUUCCAUGCACAAUUGGCAUGUUCCAAUUCGCUAAAUCUUUGUGUGAUUUAGGAGAAAACAUUAACUUGAUGCCCUACGCAAUAUAUGAGCAACUUGGUUUGGGUGAACCAAAGGCAACCACAAUGAGACUCCUUAUGGCUGAUCGAUCAAUUAAGGACCCAGUGGGGAUACUCCAUGACAUAUUGGUAAAAGUAGAUUGGUUCAUCUUUUCGCCUGAUUUUGUGAUUCUAGAUUGUGAAUUCGAUGUUGAAAUCACCAUUAUUUUGGGAAGGCCAUUCUUAGCUAAUGGGAGAGCAUUUGUGGAUGUCAAAAGAGGGAAAUUAAAGUUCCAUGUGAACGAUGAUGAUGUGACCUUCAAUAUUUGUAAAUCCAUCAAGCAAUCAAGUAAUAUCCAUGUGGUGUCUACUGAGGAUGUUAUAGUGACAAGUGUUAGCCAUUUAAUGAAAAAGAAUGAACCCCCUGAGUAUGUACUUGCCAACUAUGAUGAAUACAAAGUUCAAGGCUAUGAGGAAGUGGUAGCUGCCUUAUCAGGGUUAGGAGUAUAUUCAAGGGAUCCAAUCAAGUUGGAUAUCGACCUAAAAAAUAGAGAAAGUCCUCCUGCAAAGCCAUCAACAGAAGAACCCCCGAAUCUGGGGUUAUAA